GAAACUGAACGUCUUCCCGAAUCAAGAAAGUUAGAGCUUAAUGGGUAUCUUACAAAGCCUACAACCCGUCUUGGAAGAUAUCCAUUACUCCUUGAAGCUGUUCUCAAAAAUACUCCUUGCGAUCAUCCUGAUAAAGUUAAUAUACCAAAGGUAAUCAAUAUCAUCAAAGAAUAUUUAACGAAUGUUAAUAUUGAGUCUGGGAAAUCGGAAAAUCGUUUCAAUUUACAACAAUUAAACGAUCAAUUGAUUUCUAGAGGGAAUGUGGAUUUGAAAUUGACUGAAGAAGGACGUCAGCUCGUCUUCAAGGGUUCUUUAAAGAAACCUACUCGAGCUGGUGAACCCUCAGAUUUACAAGUGUUUUUGUUCGAUCAUGCUUUAUUAAUGGUGAAAACUAAAACUGUAAAUAAGGCUGAACUAUAUAAAAUUUAUCGAAAACCCAUUCCUCUUGAAUUAUUGAGCAUUUCAACAUCGGAAGGACAAUCUGAAACUGCCCGUGCGAAUGCGAAACGGCCACAGUCAAUAUUACACGGGAUGCCUGGAAAAGGGCAAGCAGCUGCUCGUGGAAAUAACAAUGAUUAUCGAAAAUUAGCCUUUGGAACGGAUAAUGGUGUAUAUGUGCUAGAUAUUGGUCAAAAUCAAAAGUCUGCAGUUCAAGCAUUGCAAAUAGAAAAAGUAUCUCAAAUUGAAAUUCUUGAGGAUUAUCGAUUAUUAUUUAUAUUAGCUGGUAAGGACAAAAGUCUAUAUUCAUAUCCAAUCGAUGCAUUGGACCCUGGUGAUACUAAUGGGGCCAGUAAACGUUCAAAAAAAAUCAGCGCACAUACCAGUUUCUUUAAGUCAGGAACUUGUCGCGGAAAAACUUUAAUAACAGUUGUAAAAAACAGUACACUUCAAUCGACUAUCAAAACUUUGGAACCUCUUGAACAAAAUGUUAAAAAUAAGAUUAAAGGACCUACUUUUAAAGUCUUUCGUGGAAGUAGCGAUGUAUUAAAAACAUAUAAGGAGUUCUGUAUACCUGCAGAAUUAACGUCAGUUCAUUAUCUAAAAAAGAAUCUAAUCGUAGGUUGUACAAAAGGAUUUGAAGUAGUUAAUUUGGAGACUCUUAAAACGCAAGGUUUACUACAUCCGGAAGAUAUUUCACAUGAAUUUGUACUUAAAAAAGAAAAUGUAAAACCCAUUGCUAUUUAUCGUGUGGGGGGAGGCGAUUUUCUAUUAUGUUAUGAUG